AUGGCUCAAUCCUUCCGCAUCCUGGUCCUUCCAGGCGACCACGUCGGUCCCGAAGUCAUGGCCGAGGCCCUCAAAGUGCUCGACGUCGUGGAAGAGUGUCGCCCCAACCUCAGAUUCGAGCGCACUUUUGACCUCGUCGGCGGAAGCAGCAUCGACAAGCACGGCGUCCCAGUUACAGAGGAAGUUCUUGACAAGGCCAGCAAGAGUGACGCGGUGCUAUUUGGCAGCGUGGGCGGGCCAGAGUGGGCAAAUGCUUCGCCCAAUCCAGAAGCUGGUAUCUUGGGCCUUCGACACAAGCUGGAUGCAUUUGCCAAUCUAAGGCCGUGCGAGAUCCUCGUGCCGUCUCUGCUGGAAGCCUCGCCUCUCAAGCCUGAGAUUGUUAAAGGCACCAAGUUUAUCGUCGUGAGAGAAAACUGCGGUGGUGCCUAUUUUGGGGACAAAGUCGAGAAGCCCGAGAUUGCAUCGGACUUGUGGGUGUAUGAGCCUCGAGAAGUCGAGCGGUGUGCUCGUGUAUCAGCCGCAGUAGCCAAGAUAUUGGGGAAGAAUGGUGAUGGCAAAGGCGGGGGUGGACCAGCCAUUGUCUGGAGCGCUGAUAAAGCAAAUGUUCUCGCCAGCGGCAGACUCUGGCGCAGAGUCACGGAAGACGUCUUCAAGAGGGAGUUCCCAGACAUUGAGCUGCGGCAUCAGCUCGCGGACAGCAUGGCCAUGUUGAUGGUCAAGAAUCCCCGCGGCUUCAACGGCGUGAUUCACACAGACAACACGUUUGGCGAUAUCUUGUCCGAUAUCUCGGGUGGAAUCGUAGGCAGUCUUGGGACACUCCCGAGCGCGAGUAUUUCUGGCAUUCCUGGAGAGGGACGAUGCAAUGGCAUCUACGAGCCGGUGCAUGGCAGCGCUCCAGACAUUGCUGGGAAGAACUUGGUUAACCCGGUUGCCCAGAUUCUCAGUCUGGCGAUGCUGUUGCGAUAUUCAUGCGUGCUUGUGGACGAGGCAGCGGCCAUUGAGAAGGCUGUCGAGAGAGUAUUUGAUUCGAAGGAAGCUGGUGGGCUCGGCAUUCGGACAAAGGACAUGGGAGGUGAUGCUGGGACGAAGGAGGCUGGGAAUGCCAUUGCGGGCGAGGUUCGACGCCUCUUGCAAGCGAGUUGA